GCCAAGAGAAAACCCACGUGGGAUUCUAAUUCUCCUCUCUCUCUCUCUCUCUCUCUCUCUCUCUCUCUCUCUCUCAACACUCAAGAAUCUAAAUGGGUAGAAGCCCUUGCUGUGCCAAGGAGGGCUUGAACAGAGGAGCUUGGACUGCUCUUGAGGACAAAAUCCUCACCGAUUACAUUAAAGUCCAUGGCGAAGGAAGAUGGAGAAACCUUCCCAAGAAGGCAGGUCUCAAGAGAUGCGGAAAAAGUUGCAGGCUUCGUUGGUUGAAUUAUCUCAGGCCAGAUAUCAAGAGGGGGAACAUAACCCGUGAUGAAGAAGAUCUCAUCGUCAGGCUUCACAGGCUCUUAGGGAACAGAUGGUCCCUCAUCGCAGGGAGGCUUCCAGGGCGAACAGACAAUGAAAUCAAGAAUUACUGGAACACCAACUUGGGCAAGAAGGUGCAAGCUCACACCACCACCAUUUUCACUGGUACUAAGAAGAAGACGACGACGACGACAUCGACCAAGAAUAUUAGGGCGGUUGAGUCACCACCGAUUCCAAAGCUCGAAUCACGUGUUGUUCGGACCAAGGCAUUUAGGUGCUCCAAAGUUUUUCUUGGUCCACCACAAAACAAAAUGGAACAGCAUACUGACAAUGACGCCAUGGCACUAGCCUCCAAGGUUGGCAACUUUUCAACCCAGAAAGCACUGGUGUCAGAAUCCUACGAUGGGCAGUCGUCCUUCACCCCUGAAAAAGAAAACGGAAUUUCGUUGGAUUUUACGGUGAAUCUCAAUCCCGGAGAGUUGUUCCUAUCUGAACUCCUCAAUUCUGACUUCUCGCAGCUCGGCGAUUUCGAUGACGGACUGGUGGGGGAAGUUAGCAACGAUGAAAACAACAACAAUAAUGACUCCUCUCCGUCUUCCGAUCAACCUCCCUUUUUCCCCGACGAGUUGUUCGAGUGGAAAGGAAGUGACUGUGGCCAAUCGGACGUCAUUUCCGACCUCCGAUCAUUGGCCUCUUUUCUUGAUUGCGGGGAGAAUUGGUUGGCGGAAUAAUUAAUGAAAUUAGUAAGACAGUUUCUUAAUUCU